UCAUGCUGCGGCGCCCGCUGGCCGGGCUGGCGGCGGCCGCCCUGGGCCGCGCCCCCUCGGACGGUUACGUCAGGGGUUCCUAGGACUGGCUCGUCGCCGGGUCCCAGCGAGCAAGACAGAGGAUACGAGGACAGACAGGGUAGCGCGUUUUUUCAUGCAGGCACAUUAAAAGCUGGUUCCCCUGUGUCAGUUCUCAAAACGUAGGAGGAAAUUCUGUCACUAGAAGCUCCAGACAGUUUGUAAAAACCCCUGCAGCCUGAGGACUUCAUGCUGGAUGCCAUUGUGGACCCUGAAGGAUGCGGAGGGGCAGAAAGGGGAAGCAGCCUGACACUCCUCCCCAAGGGAUGUCAGGACCAAGGCCCGUCGUCUUGAGUGGACCAUCAGGGGCUGGAAAGAGCACCCUGCUCAAGAGACUCCUGCAAGAGCACAGCAGCAUCUUUGGAUUCAGCGUGUCCCACACCACGAGGGACCCGCGGCCUGGAGAGGAGAACGGCAAAGAUUACUACUUUGUGACCAGGGAGGUGAUGCAGCGGGACAUUGCUGCCGGGGACUUUAUUGAACAUGCUGAGUUCUCUGGGAACCUAUAUGGGACCAGCAAAGCGGCGGUUCGCGCUGUGCAGGCUAUGAACCGCAUCUGCGUGCUAGACGUGGACCUCCAGGGCGUGCGCAACAUUAAGAAGACCGACCUGCAGCCCAUCUACAUCUUCGUGCAGCCGCCCUCCCUCGAAGUCCUGGAACAGCGUCUGCGACAGCGCAACACAGAGACAGAGGAGAGCCUGGCCAAGCGCCUGGCCGCUGCCCGGGUAGACAUGGAAAGCAGCAAAGAGCCCGGCUUGUUUGACCUGGUCAUCGUCAAUGACAGCCUGGACAAGGCCUACUGGACCCUGAAGGAGGCACUCUCUGAGGAAAUCAAGAAGGCUCAAGGGACUGGCCUCUCCUGAGGAGGCUGCUACCUGUGUCCUCCCUGGAUAGGGCCCUGCAUUCCCCCUGGUGGUCAGGGUGUUUAUGAGAGGUGGCUCUACCUGCCUAGCUCGCUCCCUCCACCCAUGCCCAUUUCUGGGUGCCCCCUACUCAGUCCCCCUCUCCUGUGGGAGCUGGGCCGGUGUCCUAAUAAAGAGCUGCUGGUUAGAGUGUC